UAACGUGCUUCACUUUGCACAGCGCUACCUCGGAGAUGUCAAAGCGCUUCCGGGACUACAAAGAGCUUCGAUUUAGUUUGCAAUGCAAAGCCCUUCAGAGAUGUCAAAGCGCUUCAAAAGACUGGUGCUUUAAGGUCCACAUAUGGCGGCCGGACCCGCAGCCCUUCGGCGGGCGCGCGGCCCAGAGGCCCGGAACACCGAUGGCGGCCCCGCCGACCAGCCCGGGCCGGAAGGGGCCCGAGCCGCCCCUCAGGAGCCGGCGGCGCCUGAGUCCGCCGCCUCAGGACACCACCCGGCCGCCCCUUGUGUCCCUGCGCCGCAGCCCAGACGUCGGUCCCACCUCCCCCACGGCCCGGACGUUCCGCCCCGGCCACCCGCUCGCAGCCCGCCCAGUCCUGCGGCCCCGGCCCGGACUCCGCCCGAGAUCGCACCACACUGGCCUCCGCUGCGCCCGCCUCCCGGAACGAGCCCUGCGGCCCGCGGCCCGGCGUGCGGCGGGGGCGGGCCCUGAGCCGGAUGAAGGACGCCCAUUGCUCCAAUCGGCGAGGGGCGAGACUCCGAGCAAGACGGAGCUCACCUGUUGGUCAGGAGGCUGGGAGGCAGGACCCUACGCCUUAUGA